AUGGUUUGCGGAAAGUGCCAGAAGAUCUCCAAGUCUACGACGCUUGCAACCCCAGGAGUGAAGAAGAAGAGUGAGAUGUACUAUGGCUCGCCCGCAGGUUCAUCCUCUAAGGGUGGCGAUAAGACGAAGACCUCUGCCACACUGGGAAACAAUGGUAUAGGAAAGAGCAAGCUAUUAUCCAAAGCUGCGAGAAACCCAUAUGCGACAUACUCCUCCUCAUGCAGCACAUGCAAAACAAAGGUGGACCAGGGACGAACAUAUUGCCAUAAGUGCGCCUACAAAGCUAAUGCAUGCGCCAUGUGUGGAAAGACCAAUUCCAAGUCGACCACAGCUGCCCCAGUCAUCGCCGGCCAAAAGUUUACCCUGAAAUGA